UCUGUCUUCUAAUGCCCGAGGUGGAACUUGAUCAGCUUGUUUUCCCAGAUAAAACGUACCCCCUUAGCAAGCUUCACUGCCCAGUCGGAGGCCCAGAAUCCUAGAGGGGGAAGAAGCCAUUUAAGCUACCGGUUCUGACUCUUUUCUCAGUGAGGAAUCCAGAUCUCAGACUCCUUUCCCAUGUAUUAUUGCCAAGCCAAGCCUCCCCCAUCCUGUACUUGUGACUUUCCCUUUUCCUUCCCAGAUGCAGAAGUUUCAUUUUUUCCUGUUCAGUUCCAUCCUGUUCAUUUUAGACUGUCUAGAUCUUUUUGAAUCUUCUCUCUUCUCCAAAGUAUCAGCCACUUUUCCUGGCUCUGGGUCAUCUGCCCACCUAAGUGUAGCUCAGCUUUGUCAUCCAAGUCCUCAGUAACAAUGUGGAACAAUACAGGGCCCAGACAAGGUGACUGGCAAUAGCUUUCCUGGUGGUGAGUGAGGACACAGUAGCAGGGGAAUUGUCCAGUGAGAGAACACGGUGGCCUGCAGUUUGGACUGAAUGCUUUGCAAGCUGCAGCUGGCACAUCUGUCUGGUUCUUAAACUGCUUUAGAGUCAAGCUGGCAUGAGCGUAGGACAGGAGUAGUUAAGGAUGCGGCGCUAAUAUGCCCCAGGUCACCAGAUUUGGUUCUACCCAUGCACCAUUCCCUGCGAAAGUUAAGUACCGGUCAGCCGCCCCACCGUUAUCGACCUCACUGAUAAAGCCCUGGCAGCACAGGAGACACCUUCCAGGUGCUGAUUCGCUGCACGGAAAGCACAGCCCAGGCUCCCUGCCUGUCUCAGGGGAAGGAGCGAGACAUGCGAUGAAGCUAGCAAUGCUCUGUUGGGGGAAAUCUUUGGUCCUUCCUGGAGAACGUGGGUGGGGUCUUGGAAUUCUCCAGAUGGUGGCUUUUGACCCAGUUAGCGUGUCUGUGUGCCUCCAGACCGCAGAUUGUGGAAUAUCAGUCAGACAUUCCCUCAUGCAGCCAGCAGCGCCCUGGGAAAAUUUUCCACCAAGAAUGCUACCUGGACAGCAGAGGUGCCUUGCUGAAGUCCCCAGAGGCCAAGAGAGGCGGGAUGGGACAAAACGCAUUGUGUGCUGGCCCAAGGCUUGUCUGAACAAUAGAGAGGAAAACAAAAAGCAGAGCUUCAGCUUCCUGCACAUCCGCGCUGGGAGACCUCUUGCCGGUCCCGUUGAGGGGAGCCACAGCUGCCAGAUGUUGCCCUCUGCUGGAGACACCAGGGCUUGCAUGAAGCAGCAGUGCUAAAGCACACUUGACCCAUGGCGCCUAAACAGAUUUCAAGAGGAUAAUGUUGCACUCUUUCCCCCUCCCUUUUUUUGGCUUCAUCCCCACAGCCAAGGUGGCUCAAAGGAGUUCCACCCAGCACCACAUGGCCCGUAAAAGAUACCUUCCAAAUGUUACCACCCAGGUUGACACAGCAGAGAGUCUUGCAUCACUUUUAAGUCAAGCAGAAUUAUUGUUACUUCAAGCAACCUUCCCUAACAGCUGUGCUGGGAUGUGGCUUCCAGAAUUCCCGGGCCACAGGGGGACUGCCAGGGUGGAGGAGUUUGACUUUGAGAAGUUUGACUUUGAGGACUGCCUACUCGGUGACACUCUCCUUGGCAACCUUCCUGUGCUGGUGGCAGCAAUAGCAACAACAGCUUGCAUUUUUGUA